GUUUUGGCACGUGGUGCUAACUGCUAUAAAUGACACGACAACGGUACAGCGCGGUUCGUUUGUGUUUACCAAAGCAGCUGCGUGUGCGUGCCGUGCCACGUGUCCCCUAAGUCAUCCACCAAGAGGGAAGAAAAAAGUGCCCUCGAAAAAAAAAAGAGGGAAGAAAAAAGAAGUCGGCCAAGCUCUCCAGAAAAAGAAAAAGAAAAAAGUAGUCGGCCACAUCGCUCGGCGCUCAGCGGACCGCCUCCAUCCACGGCCCCGCACGUGUCGCCUCGCGUGUCAGCUGUCGCGAGCAAAACUCGCAGCCAACACCACCACGUAGGGUCCGACCGUCCGAGCCAAUCCAGGAGCGCCGCCGAGCCCUCCUUCCUUCCUCCCGAACCCGAUCAUUCCUCUCCGCCACCACCACCAGCCUGCAGGUGCAAAAAUGUGCGUGAAGGGCAAGAACGACGGGCUCUCGUCGCCGGCGGGGACAAGCAGCACGGCGACCGCCAUCGUCGUCCUCGCGUCGCUGCUCCUCGUGGCCUCGGCCGCCGUGUUCUUCCUCUCGCCGCCGGCGCCGGCAGCGGCAGCGGACGAGAAGCCGCCGCCCGAGCCGGUGGAGCUCGCCAUCGGCGUCGCCGGGCACGAGGGCUGGCUGGACGCGCUCCGGGCGUGGGCCAAGCUCGCGUGCCUCAGGCUCCGCCCACUCGAGCCAAGGUGCGACCUGAGGAGCCCGGGGUCGAUGAAGAAGGCGGCGAGGCAGAGCCUGGCGAUGGGCAAGGAGGCCGUAGAGCACACGGCGGAGUCCGCCGCGAGGGCCGCCGACGAGACCAUCGGGAGGACCACCGAGAAGGUGAGGAGGAAGGUCUCCUCGCCGUCGCCGUCCGACGGUGACCUGUGAUCCGCAUGCAGGUCGACGCAAGCGCCAAAAUUUGCGAGCCGUAUCCCCUCCACUCCGCCCUCCUUUUUUCACUUUAUGUACCUGUAGCUUUCUGCUAGUGCGAGAAGAAAAGAUGUUGUAACAUGGGAGAAAUUCGUUUUGACUCUGGGUUCCAAAUGCUCCUUAUAUCUGUACCUUUCAUCCUUC